CAAGCAUUCAAGCAGAGCAGAGUAAGUCUGGGGGCGUCGUCAAGUGAAUAACGAGACCAAAACAUCUCUCAAAACAAACAGCACUGAUACAAGUCAAUGGGUUCAAAGGCAGCAGCAAUAUCGAGUCCAGUCCCGGUGGCAUGGUACCCAACCCUAGCAGUCUUCAUGCUGGCCAUCGGCCUUAUUGUCACUGCUUCCUUCUUCAUUUAUGAAGCAACCUCUUCUAGGAGAAAUCGCAGUUUGGCAAAGGAGCUUACAACAGGAGCAAUUGCCUCUUUAUUUCUGGGCUUUGGGUCCUUGUUCCUGUUACUUGCUUCUGGUGUUUAUGUCUAAGUUGGUCAAUUUUGAACCAAAAUUAUGUUAAGCAGGAUUGGCUGCAUAUGAUGAAAUGUUUAAUUCUGCCAAUUUAGUUGAGAACUUGGUGAUCAAUGAUUUAUGGACUAUGAUGUUACAUCAUUAAUCUUUUUGAGUGAUUUAUGAAUUCAGGAGGCUGUCCUCUUCAUUUUUGCUGU